AUUUGGGUACAGAUAUGUAAGUCCUCUCGGCACCCUGGGGCUCAGGUCUUGUUUUGGGCAAGAUCAUCAGCUGCAGCCAGCGCUCAGGGGAACCCCACACCCCAGAGCAGAGCUGUGGGAGCUGCUCUGGACGGACACUCGCUGCUCAUGGCCCCUGAAGCACGGCCGUUAAGCCCUGCCUUCCCGAAGCACACCUUCUGCUGGUUCAGGGAGGACACUGGGUUUGACUUCUCAGGCCUCAAUGUGGCUGUAUGACGAGUGGCCAAUUCCUCACUUCCCAUAGGUUCCGUUUCUUCUCCACCUGCCAGUGGUGAUGGCAAAAGGGGAACAGAAUGAGGCCAGGCUGCGGCCUGGCCCGGGGGUCAAGUCCCACAGAGCCGGUUGAGGGGGACACUGGUGGUCGGGCAGGCCCGCCGUACCUGACCGACGGGCACGUCCGAGGCGCCAUACGCGCCAAACAAGCGCGCAGGACAAGCCACCGCCUUCCUGAGUGGGAGCUGCCCCGGCUGGAGACCGUGGCCUGCUGGGACCUGACGUCUCGCGGUGCAUGCUGGGAUGCCUGAUGUCUGGGGCGGCUAUUGGUCUCGCUCUGCGGAUCGACGGGAGGAACAGCCAAUCAGGGGGCAGCAUGAGAAACGGGCGGAAGCGGAAAUGAGGUUUCCGUGGAGACAGCCGACCCUGCGGAAGACGGCGGCGGCACCUGCGAGCGGUGGCCGGGGCAGGAAUGGUGGCGCGGACUGCCCUGUGAGAGCAAAGCGGCCGCGGGGUCCGCCAUGCGCCGGCGGCCCUGACAUGGGCACCAGCGGCUCCAAAGCUCGGGGGCUGUGGCCCUUCGCCUCGGCGGCGGGGGGCGGCGGCCCGGAGGCGGCGGCCGCGGAGCAGGCUUUGGUGCGUCCGCGAGGCCGAGUCGUGCCCCCCUUCGUAUUCACGCGCCGAGGCUCCAUGUUCUAUGACGAGGAUGGAGAUCUCGCUCACGAAUUCUAUGAGGAGACGAUCGUCACCAAGAACGGGCAGAAGCGGGCCAAGCUGAGGCGGGUGCAUAAGAACCUGAUACCUCAGGGCACCGUGAAGCUGGACACCCCCCGCAUCCACGUGGAUUUCCCUGUGAUCCUCUAUGAGGUGUGAGCCUGGGGGGUUUCAGGCCUCAGCAAGGAACCCUCAGGCUCAAGGUGUGGCUUCCACUGAGGACCUAGGCGGAAGCCACUGUCCUGAUUAAACUCCAUGGGCCUGGACGCUGCCGCUGGGAGCCGGGCAGCCCUGCAGUGUUGGUUGGGUGCUGGUUUGUCUUCGGAUGAGAGGUGGCUGGUAAGGGCUGACGGCGGAGUUACCAGCCUCCCUUCCCCGGCAGUGCCGAUAAGGAGCCUGGCAGGGCAUGUGCUGAUCGGGGCUGCCUGGUUCCUGUGCCCUGGCCUGGCCUGCUUGCUUCCAAGCUUGCCUGGGGCCCAACCCUACUGGGGCUACAGCACUUUACAAGUAAGGUCUUUCUUCCAGCCCCUGGGCUGUGGGAGCUGUACACAAGUGGGGACUCCCCUUCCCUCACUUCCUCUACCCGUUCGUUGGAGCAUUUCAGCCAUUUGCUACCUCGAUUCCUCCUCUGUUGGACAGAGGCUGGGGCAACACAAGCCUGAUUCCUCCUACCUACCUGCCCUGUGUUCCCACCCCAGACGGAGGGACAGUUUGCUGGCUGUUAACAGGAGGAGGGGCUGGUGUGGAGGCUUCUCCCUCUGCCCAGGGCUGGGCUGACCCCUCCCCACUGCAACUAGUUGCCCCUGGAGUCGUCCUUCCCCUCCCCGCAGUUGAGAAGGCAUAGGAUGGGAUCAGGAAGGGCUCUGGAUGCCGGUGCUCCUACCCACCUCCUCCAUGUGAUCUCCCUUGCCUUUUGCACCAGUCCCCCCACACAUUGGGAAGACACCACCCUGUGGUGCCAAUAGCUCCGAGCCCACCACCCCUUCCCCUAUAGUGUGCCCAUCCCUUCAGGAUCAAUCAGGGGAAGGUAUUGGAGCCCCUGGGUAGGGACAGAGAGAACAACCAUAAAAGAUGUAAAAUGUGAAAGUUUGUAAAUAGUCUAGUCCAUGACAUUGUUGGGGCAGAGUCUGAUUUCUACAUAGAAAUGACUUUUUUUUUUUUUAAUUCCUUACUGUGCAAGCUCUGUGCUUCCAGAGUAUGGGAAGUGGUGUGGGGAGGGUGGCCCCCAAUCCAGGAAGGCUGUUGUGUUACUGGUUCAGUUUCAAUAAAAUUAUUUGUAGACCCUGAA